CUCAUUGCUUAAAUUAUUUUGGCGCCUUCGCUUCAUAAGUGUUGUGACUUGUUUUGUUUUUUCGCGACCGGUGUUGUCGGUGUUAAAAUUAACUAAAUCGAGAGUUUUUAAUAAAAACUAGAGCAAUCAUGUGGAACCAAUUUGAUACUGGUAUGUCAACGGACGGAGGUUUCAUGGACGAAAGUCGUAUGGAUACAACAAUCGAUGAUGAGAAAAAAGGAAGAAGAGCUGAUAACCUCGUUCCCGUCAUGAUUGGACAUUUAAUUAACAGUGGUCCUGAACUUAAAUUACAUGGUUUACCAGUUCGUGUUGUUUCUGUUGUUGCCAGAAUUAAUAGCAUUGAUCAAGUCACGACAAAAGUUACAUAUGUUAUUCAAGAUGAAACAGGUACAAUUAAAGCCAUUAAAUGGAAUUCUGCGGAAGAUGAGGCCGAUUCGAGAGAACAAGAAUUCAAGGUCGGAAGUUACGUUCACGUAUUUGGACUUCCCCGAGAGCAGGAUGGAGAAAAACAUAUUUUAGUUUUGCGUAUCUUUAAACUCAAGGAGAUAAAUGAAUUGACAUGUCACCUCCUAGAAGUGUUCUAUGUCUGUCAGAUGGGUUUCCACAAGCAAAAUUCAACAAUGAAACCAGUUGGCGGUACAGCUGAUAAUAGAUCAGGCUCUACGGAAAAUUACGAUUUUCCCGGUAUGGAUAGAGAUCAGUCUCACGUUUUCCAUAUAAUAAAAAAUGACAUUUCUGAUAGCGGAAUCGAAAGGGAUGAAAUAAAGGCUAAAGUUCCUUCACACAUUGUUUCGAAAAUUGAUGAUAUUCUUGAAUUUCUUGCUGGCGAGGGACAUAUUUACACCACACGUACCGACAAUCAUUUCAAAGCAACUUAACUUAUUUAUUUAGAUUUAGUUUCUUAUAACCAAAUUUACUUUUAAGUUCCUGUCAAAUGAUGUUUCAAAUUUAUGUACCUUUUUGAAUUUGUGCUAGAAUUGUUUUCUUAAAAUCCAAUCGAAAAAAAGUUUGUUUUAAAACGAAUUCUGUACAAUACAUACAAAAUCAUGAAAUAUAUAUUAUACGUAAUUUUCUACAA